CUGAGGUCAGGCACACUGCCUCGGCCACAGCAGGCAGUGCGGCGGCGGUUUGAUACAGUGGAUCGGCCAGCCGCCUCUCUCGCCUGCGAGCCUGCCAGCCCAGCCAGUCCGUCGGCCAGUCUGGGCCCAGUCGAGUCGCGAACCCGCCUUGGUCCCGCGCGUCGGUUAUUCCCCACCGUCGAGGUUUAGCAGCAGUGACCGAGAUAAACCGAAAUCAUACAGUGAACCGCCAGCCAACCGUUCCAGCAGACACAAUGGCAGCCUCCAUCACCAAGCUGACGGACUCGUCCACCUUUCCAGUGUGGAAGAAGGAGGUAGAGGUCCACUUCACCUCGAGGAAGCUGAUCAGCAUUGUGGAUGGGAGCCAGACCCCCGAUAGCUGCUUGGACUGGGGGACCAAAGACAAUGAAGCCCAACGGGUCAUCCUGAGGUCCCUCAGCGGCGACGCGAAAACCCACGUCGUUACCUGUAGAACCGCCAAGGACAUGUUCACAACCCUGAGUAAAGUGUACGGGAGGAAGCAGUGCACGAAAUGUGGCAAGAUGGGUCAUUCAGAGAAAAACUGUUGGAGUGGCAUGACAUUCCCUCCGUGCCCACACUGCGAAAAAACCAACCAUCCACAACAAUCGUGUCUUAAAAAUAAAGCUGGCGAGAAAAACAGAAACAAUGAGAAGAUGAAUAACAAGCAGAACACAAACCACUCUCAAGCAUCGAGCAGCAUUAAAGCCGAGCCAGAAAAGUAUAUGAAAAGUGAUAAGAAACAAAACAACAAGCAAAACGCCAUCAAGAACGACCUGAGGAGUCGAACCCCUGCCCCUCCAGAACCACCGCGUAGUGACUCAGCAGGACCGAACGUGCAAGUGCAGCAGCACAAGAGUUUCCAUUUUGAAUUUUUUAAUAAUAUUAAACUGUGGUAGGCGCGGGGCGGGCGAGUUAUUCGCUCGCGGGUCAGCGAGUCCAGCGAUACGGUGCUUAAUCACCCAGCAGUGCAACCACAUUUUGUCAGGCAUGUUAAAAAUUUUAUUUAUCAAUUUACUGUGACGAAAAUUAUUUUUCUAAAACUAAAUAAGCUAUUAUUUUGUUUAUUUUUAUUUACAAAUUGAACUAGAAAUUGUUUCACUUGAGUGGUAGCUGCUGCUGGCGGGACCCGCGAUCGGAGUUGGCCUAAGUGAACGCGCCCCUGGGAGUGACGUCGCGUCGCGUCGCACCGAGCACAGUGUCCUGUAGAUUGCACUAUCAGUCUCAUCGAGAGGGCCCGGCCGGUCAGAGCACAAUGGAAGGCUUCAAGAAGUGCGAAAGCUGCGGCAAGAAAGGCCACACGAAGCAAGAAUGCUGGGGCAACAAAACAUUCUCUCCAUGUAAAUAUUGCAAGAAAACCAACCAUCCUCCAGAGUCAUGCAGGUUCAAAGAACAGCACGAGAGGCAACAGUCACUCGAUCAUAUCAAAUGCAUGUGUCAAACUGGGUGUAAGCAUGGUGGCUGUAAGUGCUUGCAGAACAAUAUUAAAUGCAAAUCCGUCUGCCAUUUCGGAACAAAAUGCGAGAGAAAAUGAAACAAUGCACGUGUGUUGCCAACAUUUCUCGGUUCUGCUCAAUGAUGUGACUCUGGAAGCUUCUAUUUUUAAACAACAAUUUGAGCGCUGGCUACUAAAAUUGAAUGUUUUUCGUGGUCUACAGAUAUCUAUUGUCAGUUUAUGUAAUUCCUGGACUUUUGUUAUUGAAUUUACUUGUAAAGCAAGCAACUUCCUGUUGAUUUAUAAUUUAUGUUUUUGAUUUAAUUUUCAUUGUCAUUAAACUCCUUACUUGUGGCAA